UAAAAACCCAUUUACAGUGGUUGAUGUUACAGCAACACGUUUAUUUGUUUUAGUUUUCUGUGCUUUGUUGAAGCUCUUGAAGACACACCAGUUCAGUGCCUUUUCCAGCAGAGAUCAUUGUGAGAGCACAGGUCGGGAGGAUGACUGCUCGUGUGUGUUGCUUGAUGAUUGUUUUAUUGUGUCUGUUCGGAUAUUUGAGUAUAACAGAUGCUGGAAAAACAACAGCAAAGCCAGGAAAGUGUCCACCCCAAUCAUCUGGAAACAAAUCGUGUAGUAGUUCCUGUAAGAGUGACUCCAACUGUCCCAACAAUGAGAAGUGCUGCAGCAAUGGCUGUGGAAAUUACUGUACAGCUCCAUAUAUGGUGAAACCAGGUCAAUGUCCCGAACCAAAGAACAUUCCACUGUCUGCUGAAAGCUGUGACCAUGAUGGCCAAUGUCCUUCCACACAGAAAUGUUGCCCAACCACCAGUGGACGUGCUUGCAGUGAACCAGGUGGCCAGGGGAGUGGCUCUGGUCAGGGGAGCGGUCAGGGCCAGGGAAGUGGUCAGGGACAGGGAAGUGGCACUGGCUUUGGUCAGGGGAGUGGCUUUGGCUCUGGUCAGGGGAGCGGUCAGGGCCAGGGAAGUGGCACUGGCUUUGGUCAGGGGAGCGGCUUUGGCUCUGGUCAGGGGAGCGGUCAGGGCCAGGGAAGUGGCACUGGCUUUGGUCAGGGGAGCGGCUUUGGCUCUGGUCAGGGGAGCGGUCAGGGCCAGGGAAGUGGCACUGGCUUUGGUCAGGGGAGUGGCUUUGGCUCUGGUCAGGGGAGCGGUCAGGGCCAGGGAAGUGGCACUGGCUUUGGUCAGGGGAGCGGCUUUGGCUCUGGUCAGGGGAGCGGCCAGGGAAGUGGCACUGGCUUUGGUCAGGGGAGCGGCUUUGGUCAGGGGAGCGGUCAGGGCCAGGGAAUCGGCUCUGGCCAGGGGAGUGGUCAGGGGAGCGGCUUUGGUCAGGGCCAGGGAAGUGGAUUUGGCCAGGGGAGCGGUCAGGGCCAGGGAAGCGGCUCUGGAUUUGGUCAGGGGAGCGGUCAGGGCCAGGGAAGUGGAUUUGGCCAGGGAAGCGGCUUUGGUCAGGGCCAGGGAAGCGGUUCUGGAUUUGGUCAGGGGAGCGGUCAGGGCCAGGGAAGCGGCUUUGGUCAGGGCCAGGGAAGUGGAUUUGGCCAGGGAAGCGGCUUUGGUCAGGGCCAGGGAAGUGGCUCUGGAUUUGGCCAGGGAAGCGGCUUUGGUCAGGGGAGCGGUCAGGGCCAGGGGAGUGGCUCUGGAUUUGGCCAGGGAAGCGGCUUUGGUCAGGGCCAGGGAAGCGGCUUUGGUCAGGGCCAGGGGAGCGGUCAGGGCCAGGGGAGCGGCUUUGGUCAGGGCCAGGGGAGCGGCUUUGGUCAGGGCCAGGGGAGCGGCUUUGGUCAGGGCCAGGGGAGCGGCUUUGGUCAGGGCCAGGGGAGUGGAUUUGGCCAGGGAAGCGGCUUUGGUCAGGGCCAGGGGAGCGGCUUUGGUCAGGGCCAGGGAAGCGGCUUUGGUCAGGGCCAAGGGAGUGGAUUUGGCCAGGGGAUCGGUCAAGGCCAGGGAAGUGGUCACUGACGUGAUCAGUCAGGGAAACAGUCUUUGAACUUUCAUAGGAAUUUUGGAUGACACCUACUGGAGAUCUUUCUAUUCUUAUGGCAUUUUCCCUUUUGUUUAAAGUGGAUUUAAAAUUAUUGCACUCCUUUCCCUCAAAUAAAAGUGCUUGGACUUGG